UUUUCACAAUAUUGAGUGUUAAAAUGUUUACUUCAAAAAAUAUGGGCGCAAGUGCUAAUAUAUGAACUUAAUUUCUGUAGUAUAAAUGAAUUUUUUUUAUUACGUAAUGUCUUGUAAAUUUAUAUUAGUUGGCAGUGGUACUUAUGCUAUUGAAGUUGUUAAUAAUCACAUCAGGGUGGAGCGUAUGUUUGCCAUUCCUUGACUGGCUAAAGUUUUAUGCGAGUUGCAAACACAGUGAUGGCUCAUUGAGCUGAAGUGCAUGUGAUUGCGGGACAUUAGUUUCUUCAUCUUUUGCUUGGUCUUUUUGUGUUCAAGUGAACGUUUAUCAGGGAUGAAAAUAUUCAGUGGAUGGCAACGUUUUGUUUUUGGUCUUCCCUUGUUUUUCCUCUUUGCUCAUCUGGUUUUUGUCAUGGAAUUACACAAAAACUCAAAAAUGGAAGAACGGCACAAACAACUAAACAAGAAAUUUGAUCAUCUAGUUCUUGGUCAUAUGGCUGGACAAGGCUUGUCAAAUCGUUUGCAAUGCCAAGGGACAAAAGCUCUUAAUAGGACCCAUUCUUCUGAAAGCAGAUCAGGUGUAGAUGGAAGUAUCACAUUUGUCACUGUCUUUACCAUUUAUAAUACUUCUCUCAAUGAUGUAGACGACAGAUCAAACACAGUGGUUGGCAAUGCUUCAUAUAAUAACGUUGACAGGUCUAUGGCUUUGUUGAAUGUCUUCAUUAAUUUCAUUCAGGUGGCAAUGCCCCAGAGCAAAGUGAUUAUUCUAACAGAUCCUAUGUCUGACCUCUCGGUGCAAAGAAACAGGGUCUCUCUGUAUCCUAUACAAGGUGAAUAUUCACGAGACAAGUUGAUGCUCCAAAGGAUCAGGUCUUACAUUACCUUUUUAGAAACAAGGCUACAGCAACUUUCUCAGAAGCCGAGGGAUGUCAUUCAUUACAUCUUCACUGAUUCUGAUAUAGCAGUGGUUGAUGAUUUAGGGCAAGUUUUUCGUGACCAUCCUAAUUUUCAUCUGGCUCUGACCUUUAGGAACAAUAAGGCUCAACCUUUGAAUUCAGGAUUCAUUGCAGUUAAGGGUACCCAGGAAGCAAUGUUAAGGGCAAAGCUUUUCCUACAAGAGGUCUUGAAAGUUUACAGCACGAAAUAUAGAAAUGCUUCUCGCAUGCUGGGUGAUCAGUUAGCUCUUGCUUUGGUUGUGAUGUCAAAACCUCAUUUUGACGCCAGAAGGUUUUCCAAAGGGCUUGCUUUCUCAGAAGAUAUUGGGGCUACUUCAGUAUUGUUCUUACCUUGUUCUCUGUACAAUUGGACUCCGCCUGAGGGUGCUGGUCAAUUUCAUGGCAUGCCAUUGGAUGUUAAGGUUGUUCAUUUUAAAGGAUCAAGAAAACGUCUAAUGCUCGAAUCUUGGAAUUUUUAUUCCUCGUCUCAAGAUAUUUCCGACAUGUUAUGUCUCAUUUUGGGAAGUGGAAGAACCAAAUAUGAUUUUUGAAUACGGAAAUCCAGAAAGGUUGACAUCAUAUUGGCAACUUGUACCAUUAACAUCACCAAAUUUAGUGCUGAAAAUUCAGCUAUUACCCUCUUUUUGAUCGGGGAUAGGGUACUCUGACAGCAGCAAAGGACAUGAAUUGGACCUUAAAUGAAUUGAUUUAUUGAUUCUACUUGGGUAGUUCUCAUCGGAAGGUGCUCUUUUCCUAUGGACAUAUGUGGAGUGUGAUAUUAUCUUGAAGUGGUACAAUGGAUUCAUUCUUAUGCAGUCUGAAAAGAUAUUUAAAAAGUCUGGAUUGCUUCCAAUGACACAGGUGGUCGGAUUUGAUUGACCUAUAAUUAUUGUCCACUUAACACAGUUAAACCACCCAUUCAUAGGUGGAAUCGCAAUGAAUGUUGCUUGUUUCCAUAA